GCCUCGGUCGACGACUCGCUGCACUUGCACCGGCUAGCCGCCACGCGCUCGGUCAGUGCGCGCCAACACACCGCCGCCGGCACACCGCGGCGCCGUGCCGCGAACGCGAAACAUUUUUUUUAAUUUUUUGAAUGCUUGAGUGGUCGGUUUUUGAGUUGGGACUUGUGAAGUUUUUGAGCUCGGGGGCGAAGCGCGGAGCCGCACGCGCCGGCAUGCCACGCUAGGAGCAUGCGGCUGCUGCUGCCGCUGCUCGUGCUGCCGCUCGUGCUCGCGCGCCCUGCAGCAGCCGGGAUCUGCUGGUCGGGAAUGGAGCGCGACGGGCGUUGCAGCUCGGUGGCGGCGCUGCGCGUGGGCCGCGCCGAGUGCUGCGCGGGCGGCGCGCGCGCCCCCGCCGCCUGGAGCCCGCGCGACCUCGACAGCGGCGAGAUCUUCUUCUACAAGGCGCUGUCGGGCGGCGUGCCAUGCACCGCCUGCGCCGAGUCAUGCGCAGGCGUGUCGUGCGGGGCGGGCCGCCGCUGCGUCGUGCGGGGCGGGCGUGCGCGCUGCGUUUGCGCUGCGGCCUGCCGCCGCGCCGGCGCAGUCUGCGGCAGCGACGGCAAGACUUACCGCUCGCUGUGCCGGUUGAGGCGUCGGGCCUGCCGCCGCCCGGCAAAGCAUCUGUCGCUUGACUACCCGGGACCUUGCCGAGUGGGUAGCUGCGACGGCGUCCGCUGCGGCGGCGACAAACGCUGCGUGCUAGACGCCGAGCUGGGCGCGCACUGCGUGCGGUGCGGCGCGUGCAGCGUGGCCGGCGCGCCCGUCUGCGCCGUCGACGGCCGCACGUACGCCGGCGCGUGUGCGCUGCGGCGAGCGGCCUGCGAGCGCGGGAAAGCGCUGCCGCUGGCUUAUAAAGGGUCUUGCAAAGCGAACGCAACCUGCGCCACGAUAUCGUGCAACGCCGGCCAGCGUUGCGUCGCGGGCGGCGCGAGCGGCGCGCGGUGCGUCUCGUGCGGUUCGUGUGGAGGAGGCCUACGGCGAGAGCUGUGCGGGACCGACUCGCGGACCUACCCCUCCUGGUGCCGGCUCCAGCGAGCAGCCUGCAACGCCGGGCAAGUCGUCGAUCCGUUGCAUCCUGGGCCUUGCAAGGGAAGCAAAAACAUAACGGACAAUAGAGUGUCUGACGAGCGAAGCGGAGGCGUCGGAAAGCACGUGCUAUAGUCGCAUUCUCUAUUCCCUGCUGCUUCGGUUUAGAUUACCUGCGUUUUGUUCAUGUCCGUGUCUAAGUUAAUAGUCGACGCUCGAGAAACGAACGAUUGCAUUUUACUUAAAAGACCAUUCAUACCCACAAGAAAAUGUAGUAAGUAGCGAGAUUUUUUGGGAAAUGUUAAUUUGAAAUACCUAAUUCCAAUAAUACAGCUCAUGACUUCAUUCUGCUCCAAUUUGAUAAAAGUAAGUAAGUAGAUACUGUGUCAAUGAGAAGAGCUUCAAUCACUGGCUAUCAACUUAGGGACAUGAACUUUGAAAUGUAGGCAUUUAAUGGCAUAUUUUUAGUAGUGUUUUGAACUGAUAUUGUCUAUCUUCCUAGUAGUCCGUUUGAUUACUAGAUUCGAAUGAGAUAAGCAUGGUAUGAUGAAGGGCGAACUUAUUGUUCGGUCCUGCGGACGAGUCAAUUUAUUUAGUAUUAACAAAAUUCAAAAACGUAGGUACUUCUAGCAUUAGAUAAUUUUUAUCGAACGAUACAUAUUUCGACCUAUGUAGAUAAAUAAUUCUAUAGUUUUAAUUAACACUUACAUAAUUAAAUUUGAGCACCAAAUCGUACUUAAUAUUUAGUCAGAAAUAUACUUAGAAGGGUAGUUAGCACAAAAUUUGGAAUCUUAUUGUACUAGUAGAAACUCUCUAGUUAAAUUGGAAUUUUGUUCGUCGAUGUGACGUAGCCGCUAGGGUAACUUAAAUAAUACUUUCAUCGGACUGACAAUUGUUCUUAAAAUUUUAUUAACUAAGACUUGAUAUUUUUACUUGACGAGACGUGGAUUUGACGCUUAUGCAAUAUUUAUUAUUAAGUUAUGAAAUAUUAAGUUUUAGUGCAAUAAUUUUUAUUGAAAAUGGUAUGAUAUUCAUGUGUGUAAAUUUUUGUUUUUAGAAAUGAGUCAAACUGUCGUGGCUACGGUCAAAAUGCAAUUUGGGCAUGUUUAGAGUGUUAAAUCGUUUUCAGUAUUAUAUGUAUUUAAGAUUAUUAGAAUAUUCUUAUUUUCGAAACAUUUUAUAAAUUGGAUGUUAGGUGAUUUUAAUAGACUGUAGAUAAAAAGGUAAUUUAUUGUUACUUUUAAAUUAUUUCUAAAGUUUCCAGCACGUCUAAUAUUGUUAGAGUUAGUAUUUCUCGACGGAGUCAAAGCGAUGUGUGAUGUCAGUUUUAGUGGAUUUACUGUGUUGGCGUCCUGCUUACCUAGCUUUAAUAAGUAACUCGGUUUCUAAAAGCGCAAGUCGCACUAGUCCACCUUCUUUCCCCUGGUCGGUUUCUAGUUUUAAUUCUGUAUUUAUCUUCGAAUUAUUUUGUAAUUCCAAUAUGCAUAUUCGUCCUAGGUCCUACUAAAAUGUUGCAUAAUUUGGUUGCAAAUCCUUAGACAAGCCAAGAUUGAGACACUUACAUGUUAGAUAGUGUAAUUUGACAUUUGUCACUAUUAUCGAUGGUGUAGUGUAAGCUUUUAGUAGAUUUGUAAGACACGAUUUUGAACUAUGCUGCUCUCUGACGAUAUGAAAAUGAACAUAAGUACUAAAAGUUGUAUUUAGGAACAUACAAAUAUACUGUUUCAAGAUCGUGUCAUAACUUGUGCGGGCAAUAGAUUGUACUUAGAUGUAGAAUGUGGACGUAACUAAAUAAUACAUAAUAUAUGACUUAGCUCUUGUCAAUUACUUCCUAGUGCUAAACAAGUUGUUAACUGCACCUGAUAUAAUAAUACUUACUUGUUGUAGUUACUCAUUGCGAACAUUAGAUGAUGUAUAAUAUAUUUGUCCUUGUUGAUUACUUUUCUUGGUCUUCAUAAAUAUUUUACAUGGAG